AGCCCUUCCGCGGCCCGCGGCCCGCCGGACCCCACACACCCCCCACCCCCCGGCUCGACCCCAGCCGCCCGCGCAAGAUGUCGGCGCGGACGCCAUUGCCCACGGUGAACGAGCGGGACACAGAGAACCAUACCUCUGUAGAUGGAUAUACUGAAGCACACAUCCAGCCUACCAAAUCAAGUAGCAGACAGAACAUUCCUCGGUGUAGAAACUCCAUUACGUCAGCAACAGAUGAACAGCCUCACAUCGGAAAUUACCGCUUACAGAAAACAAUAGGGAAGGGAAAUUUUGCCAAAGUGAAAUUGGCAAGACAUGUUCUAACAGGUAGAGAGGUAGCUGUGAAAAUAAUAGACAAAACUCAGCUAAACCCUACCAGUCUACAAAAGUUGUUUCGAGAAGUACGAAUAAUGAAGAUACUGAACCAUCCUAACAUAGUGAAACUGUUUGAAGUGAUUGAAACAGAGAAGACACUCUACUUAGUCAUGGAAUACGCAAGUGGGGGUGAAGUAUUUGAUUACUUAGUUGCCCACGGAAGAAUGAAAGAGAAAGAGGCCCGUGCAAAAUUUAGGCAGAUUGUAUCUGCUGUACAGUAUUGUCAUCAGAAAUGCAUUGUUCACCGUGAUCUUAAGGCUGAAAACCUUCUCCUUGAUGCUGAUAUGAAUAUUAAAAUUGCUGACUUUGGUUUUAGCAAUGAAUUCACAGUGGGGAACAAACUGGACACAUUCUGUGGAAGCCCGCCUUACGCUGCCCCGGAGCUUUUCCAAGGCAAGAAGUACGAUGGGCCGGAAGUGGAUGUGUGGAGUCUGGGCGUCAUUCUCUACACGCUGGUCAGUGGCUCCCUGCCUUUUGAUGGCCAGAAUCUAAAGGAACUGCGGGAGCGAGUCCUCCGGGGGAAAUACCGCAUUCCCUUCUACAUGUCCACGGACUGUGAGAAUCUCCUGAAGAAACUGUUAGUACUCAAUCCCAUAAAGAGGGGCAGCUUAGAGCAAAUAAUGAAAGACCGAUGGAUGAAUGUUGGUCAUGAAGAAGAAGAACUAAAACCAUAUUCUGAGCCUGAGCUCGAUCUCAAUGAUGCAAAAAGAAUAGACAUUAUGGUCACCAUGGGUUUUGCACGAGAUGAAAUCAAUGAUGCCUUAGUAAGUCAGAAAUACGAUGAAGUUAUGGCUACUUAUAUUCUUCUAGGAAGAAAACCACCUGAAUUUGAAGGUGGUGAGUCACUGUCCAGUGGAAACUUGUGUCAGCGAUCCCGGCCCAGCAGUGACCUGAACAACAGCACUCUUCAGUCCCCUGCCCACUUGAAGGUCCAGCGGAGCAUCUCAGCCAACCAGAAGCAGCGUCGCUUCAGUGACCAUGCGGGUCCCUCCAUUCCCCCUGCUGUAUCCUACACCAAGAGGCCCCAGGCCAACAGUGUGGAAAGCGAACAGAAGGAGGAGUGGGACAGAGACACGGCCCGGAGACUCGGCAGCGCGAUGGUGGGCUCCAAGAGCGAAGUGACAGCCAGCCCCCUGGUGGGUCCCGACAGGAAAAAGUCUUCGGCUGGCCCAAGUAACAAUGUAUAUUCUGGAGGAAGCAUGGCGAGGAGGAAUACGUACGUGUGUGAAAGGACCACGGACCGGUACACAGCACUGCAGAAUGGAAGAGACAGCAGCCUUACAGAGAUGUCUGCCAGCAGCAUGUCCUCUGCAGGUUCCACAGCAGCUUCUGCUGGCCCCUCAGCACGGCCCCGCCACCAGAAGUCUAUGUCAACCUCUGGCCACCCUAUUAAAGUCACACUGCCAACCAUUAAAGAUGGCUCUGAAGCCUACCGGCCUGGCAGUGCAGCUCAGAGGGCGCCUGCUGCUUCUCCGUCUGCUCACAGUAUUAGUGCUGCCGCCUCCACUCCAGACAGGACCCGGUUUCCCCGAGGGAGCUCCAGCCGAAGCACUUUCCAUGGGGAGCAGCUCCGAGAGCGCCGCAGCGCCACCGCCGCUUACAAUGGGCCUCCUGCCUCCCCGUCCCAUGAGACCGGCGCCUUGGCACACGCCAGGAGGGGGACGUCAACUGGUAUAAUAAGCAAAAUCACUUCCAAGUUCGUGCGCAGGGAUCCAAGUGAAGGCGAAGCCAGUGGCAGAACCGACACAGCCAGAAGUACAUCAGGGGAGCCAAAAGAAAGAGACAAGGAAGAGGGCAAGGACUCCAAGCCGCGUUCUUUGCGGUUCACAUGGAGCAUGAAGACCACUAGCUCGAUGGACCCCAAUGACAUGAUGAGAGAGAUCAGAAAAGUGUUAGAUGCCAACAACUGUGACUACGAACAGAAAGAAAGGUUCUUGCUCUUCUGUGUCCACGGAGAUGCUAGGCAGGACAGCCUUGUGCAGUGGGAGAUGGAAGUCUGCAAGUUACCUCGGCUCUCACUGAAUGGGGUCCGCUUCAAGCGAAUAUCUGGGACAUCUAUUGCCUUUAAGAACAUUGCAUCCAAAAUAGCAAAUGAGCUUAAGCUGUAAUGAUGUGUGAGCUCCAGGAACAGGGAAGAUGCACCCACAUCUGAGCUACAGGUUUUGAAUGUACUGGUGAUGCCUACUGUGGUCCACCUGUGAAUCUCCCAUGUAGAAUUUGUCCUUAAUGCAAUAAGGUUAUACAUAGUUAUGAACUGUAAAACUAAAGUCAGUAUGAGCUAUAAUAAGAAUCUGUAGCUUAAAAAGUAGGUUCACAUGUACAGGUAAGUAUAUUGUGUAUUUCUGUUCAUUUUCUGUUCAUAGAGUUGUAUAAUAAAAUAUGAUUGCUUUAAAACCUGUAUACUUGUCUAGAUCUCCACACAGAAAUGUAUGGUUAAUGCUUUGAAAUUUGAAAUUUGAAAAUGGUUUUCCUUGUUAUUUACAUUUUGGUUUUUUUUUUUUUAAUUCUUACCUCCAUCAUGCUAUUUUGAAUAUUGUGUCCAGGAUUAAAAGCGCACAGAAAUAGUCUUUAAAAUUGUAGCAUGAACUUUAUAAAAUUAUUUUGAAAUCAUAUUUAAUUUAAACCAGAAGUUGACAGUGGUUGGUGUCACUCAGUUUCUCCUGCUUUUCUUGCUGUCAGCCUGUGUCCAGACAAGGUGUAGUUGGGGGACACAAAGUGUUUACAGUGUCAGCACCUAGACUUUUCUAAACCAAGUGAAAAGAAACCAUAGCUUUGCCUUGAGCUAACUCAGAAGUACCAAGGUAAGAAAUGAGUUUAUUUUGCCCUUUGUUUUCUGACCUGCUAAUUAGCAGCAGAGAGUGAAAGAAUCCAUAGUUCACAUGGCUGUUGAGAAAUAAACCAGCACUUAGGUUUGCUGCCUUCGGAACACGCAGGGUAUCUGGGAAUGCAAGAGUGUCGGGAUGUCUCAUAGCACAAGCUCAUCUGUAUGAUGUUGAUGACUGCGUUGGCUAAGAUGUGAUGCCGCCUCAGGAACUGACAGGCAUUGGGAGCAUCUGCCCCAGUGUCCUCCCCAGCUCCAUCCACUCGUACCACUGUAGUGACCCACGAGCAAGACGUGCUCUCCACACCCAUUCAUUACAGAUUUAUGCUUGCCUGGUGGUUCACUUGGCUCCCUCAGAACCCGUUUGUUUUUGAUUUUUUGCUCAAAUUAUGUUUCUUCCACAACAUUAUGCCUGUAAUGUGCAGCUUUGUGACUGGUCAUUUGCCUUCUCUUCUUUGAUAAUUAGUGACGUAUGCAACGUAAAGCCACUAGUAAUGGUACCUUCUUAACGCUAACUUUGUACUGAAAAGCCUUGGAGGUUGACUGUGCGGUUUUAUUUAAUGUUGUGAUUCACUGUAAUAUCAGCAUAUGGCCCCAUCUGCAUACUCCUGAGGAAUAGAAAAUGCUCCCAAAGCUUACCAGUUGAGAGAAAAUUAUUGCUGUGAUCAGUGCUGUCCUUGGAAACUACCUGGCUGCUGCCAGUGUAGGUGAUGGGCUGUUCCACAAUGGCUUCCAGACAAAGGUGGUUUUAUCUUCUGUACUGUACUGUGAUUGAUGUAGCUUUCUUCUUAACAUUCUGUUCUAACUGAUGUGUUUUUUGCCUUAGGGAAGGGUAGGGGGCAACAAAACAAAAGCGUGUGGCCCCUUUUUAACCCGGUGUUCAUUCACAACAUUCAAUGCAGACCCUCAUUCACUCACUGGUGCACACUGAACUCUUACUUGAACAGAUCUCAUAAUAAAGCAUUUGUCUUUUGCUCUUUGUCGA